AUGACGAAUGGCGCUCUCGGUUCGUCGUCGUCGCCAUCGCGAAUCAAUCGACGACGAUCGACGAAAGCCCUUCAGGACUUCUUCUCGCGGCCGUUCACCCAGAGCAAAAUCGCGUUGAACAAGUGCUACAGUAAUCCGCGAUCCUUGAAAGGCAGAUGCCACGAUGCCCUGGAAAAUAAUGUUACCUUAGCGAAGAGAGAUAUGACGGCGCGAAAAUUGGUCAUUAAACCGUUGCCGUUGGGACUUGGACGAUCGCAAUCGAUAAGCGGCGCUCGCGUCUCGCCGCGAAUUGUGGCAAACGGCUCGAAUUGCGGAACACCGCGUGCGCCUUUGAGCAUGUCGAACACCAUCGAGAUAUCGAUUGCGAUUCACGAUUUUGCCACGUCGGAAAGCGCCAAUUUGUUGGUUUGCGAGCUGUUUGAGAAUGACACCGAGUGCGAAGAUCGGUGGACGAAAGUCGGAAAUAGCAGCCCGGUGCGAUUUUCAAGGAACAUCGAAUUUCCGAACAAAUUCAUCUAUCAAUACAUAUUUGAGAAAACGCAACUCAUCAAAGUGAUAAUAACACGCUGUCAAGAUGGAGCCUCAUGUUCAGAUGAUGUAUUGGCGAGCUGCAUUUUCAAAGUCGACGAGCUGAUCGGCUCAUUCGGAUUGCAGUUGCGCAAAAAUUUAAGCAAAACUUGCACAAUAUCGAACGCGUUGAAUUGCACACAGCGCAAUUCGCUUGAAUACAUUGGAGGCAUCAUUAUUUCCGCCGAAAUGCCCGAAAAAGAGCAGCCGAUUGUGGUGCAAUUCGCCGGCAAAUCGUUGGAUCGCAAAGAUUUCCUCUGGGACGAGACGGCGGUGUUCUUUCGCGUGUUUCGUCUCGAAGAAGGCAAAGACGACGACUCACUGGUGUUCCUCUACGAGAGCGAGGCGCUCAAAAAUCACUCUCAUCCGCAAUGGGCCGAAUUUCGUCUCGACACUCAAGAUGCGGCCGACAAUCGAAAUAGGCUUUUGGAAAUUUGGGUGAUGUAUCGCGACGUCGACGGCAAAGAGGGAUACAUUGGCAAAUUUUUGACGACGUACGCGAAAAUGAAAUAUGGUCCCGGACCCGACAACGUCUACAAUGUCAUCAAUGAUGUGAAGAAGGCGGCGAAGAAGAGCUACGAGCACAGCGGCAAAAUGGAGCUCGUCAAAUUCACUGACGUCUCGUUCUACUCGUUUUUGGAUUAUAUCGUCAGCGGCACCCAACUCCAUUUCGAGAUUGGCGUCGAUUUUGCCAGCGAUGAGCCGAUUCAUGAGCUCGAUCAGCGGCGAUUCGACGGCGAACUUCAUAUGGCGAUUCGGGCGAUUGGAAGCAUUAUAAGGGAUUAUACACCAAAUCGCCUUUUCGCUGCGUUUGGAAUCGGCGCCAAGAUACCGCCAACGUUCCAUGAGUCGAAUGAAUUUUUCAUGAAUUUCUCGAUUGAUCCGAUUUGUCGUGGUCUCGACGGCGUCAUGGAGGCCUACCGAAAAUCGCAGUCGCUCGUCACCGCGUCGAAAGAAUCGAAACUCGCGCCGGUCAUCAAUUACGCGAUUCGAAUGUCGCAUAGGUCGGGCUUCCGCGGCCUUCAUUAUCACGUGUUGGCGAUAUUCACACGCGGUCACGUUACCGAUCACAAGGACGUUCAGCAGGCGUUGGCGUCGGCCGCCGACGCGCCAAUCUCGAUAUUGAUUGUCGGCAUGGGCGACGGCGAUUUUGGCGCGUUGGCGAAAAUAUGCGCGAAACGAAAAGACGGCAAACGCGAGUGCGCGCAAUUCAUUCGGUUGCGCGGCCUGCUGAACGCCGCCGAGUUGCCGUGGGCGAACAAAUCGCGAAUCGCCGAGACGGCGCUGCACAACGUUCCGAAUCAUAUGGUCCAAUAUAUGCAUAGUCAGAAUAUUGCGGCGAAGCCGCCGAUUCAGGUGUGCCGCUCGCCGUUGUUCCACAGCUCGUCGCUGAUACCCGACAAGCCGACGCAAUUCGUGUUCGAGGGCGAAACGACGAUGAUGCCGAAUCUCAUACCGAAUCUCAUGCUGCCGGCGGAUUUGUCGCCGAGACCGCGGCCGGAUCGACGCGGAUCGGACUCGCAAUACCUCGAUGUCGAGACGAUGCGUGGCAGUUUGACGGUUCGCGUGCCGGAACGAUGCCAUUCGGUUCUUCAAACGAAUCGCGAGCAGUAUCAGCGAAGGCUGAAAGAGAGGGGACUGGCUAGGAUGAAAUUCCCUCGAGUUGAGCUGAGCACAUUGGAAUCGAGCGGUGGAUCGACGCAGGACAGCUCGUUGUAA